AUGCCAAUCAAACCCGUUGGUUGGAUAUGCGGCCAAGUAGUGAAGAACUUUUCUGGAAGAAUUGAGGGACUUCAGAAAGCAGUCAUGGACCUUAUAGACGAAUUUAAGGAUGAAUUCCCCACCAUAUUAAGAUUAUCACAGUCAAACCAGAAAACAGAUGUGGUCCCGAGAACAUCCAAACCAAGAAUGGCUGUUACCCUAGCUAAGAUACAUGCAGGAGCAGUCCUCCAAGGAUUACAUAAGAUAUCCAGAUCAUCAAAAUCGGUUGCCAAACUUUUGCAGCCUCAACUUGCCCAUAGGCUUUUAGAACUAAAGAACAUAUCACAUCGUCUGCUGAGGGAUGUAAACACCCCAAAGCAACCUCUGUAUAAAGUUCAGGUCAGAAAGGGUUCUUUGUUAGAUAUAAUCUCCUUUCCAGCAAAAACGGCCUUUGUAAGCAUACUGUAUGCAUCUUAUGCAGCACUAAUUUACUUGACAGUCUGUAUUAAUGCAUUGCUGGAGAAGGCGAAGAAUAUUUUUCAAGAAGAAGAGUCCAUAAGGCAAAACAAAAGUGAUAAUUUUGAAGUUAGAAAAGCUUUUUCUGAGCCUGUGUUUUCUGAAUGUGAAAUCAUAGCUAAGCCUUAUAGAUCUCUGCAGAACCCAAACACUGCUCGCCUUUCUGACAUUAAGCUUCCUGAUAUUAAGUUGAGUAACAAGAUUCAAGUAUUACAUUCUGUAUUUGACCAAUCAUCUGAAAUGAAUGAAUAA